GUUAGCAAAGAGAAAAAAUAAAGUGGAAUGCCCGCCAUUUUACAUUUGAACGAGCGAUCUCCUUUGUCUGCACCAUCUCUGCAUUUCCUUGUGUUAAAUCAUUCGUUCUAAAAUCCAUUUCAUUAAUCGGUGCGAGGGCAAAUGGAGGUAUCCAGAGAUCAUCCUACGCCCUAUCCAGGUAAAACUAGGCCACGAGUAUCUGUCAGAUCAUCUAUCAAGAUUCAAGAAAACAAAACGUUAACAGAGACGAAUAGCUUGACAACAUUUUCUUCAAAAAGGCAGGAGAAUGGUUUAAGUGUCAGUAAGAGUGUAAACGUCUUGGAUUUGUCAACAAAGGAAAAGCCCUUUAAGUCUAGGAGAGGAUUGCCUGUUCCAUCUAAAUGUGCCAUUGUAGUUUCAAAGACUGAAAGUAAAGAGUUACCCUUAGCAGUAUCAGAUAGAAACUGCAACUCUUCAAAGCCAUUUCUUCAUCAAAGUGCCUUGGCAUUGAAAACUGAGAAAAUUUUGGCAGUUGAAACCAAAGUAAAGUCCUCCAAAAAAGAGCGUUCAGUUUCAUUUGAAGAUUUUUCAAUAAGGAGUCAAAUCAAGGACAAUGCUUCAAAUAAGGAUGCACUAUUGACACCUACCGUGCCUAUUAACUCAACGGUUCCAGUAACACCUGAGCAUCCAAGCCAUGGGCAUGGAAGUAAACUCAACAUGCUUACGUCAGCUUCAUACUGGUUGGACCAAAUUAAGAUCUCAGAAUCUGCUGGAAAGCAUGCCAUUUCUCUUGGGUUUUUCACACUUGCACUGGAAUCUGCUGCCGAGCCCUUGCAGAGGCUUCAUGACGAGCUAAAAGAGUAUGCACUAAAAAAUAAUUUGCUAGAAUUUGGAGAGCUUGCAAGGGAUGUUAUGCAGAGGUAUGGUGUAUUGGAAGAGAUUAUGUCAGCUGACAGUAGUGGGAAACCAGCAGAGUUAGAUGCUAAUACUGAAGUACCCUUUUCAGAGCCUAAGGGGUUUAUGUCAGCUAUCCAUGAGAUGUCCUCUGUUAGUACUGAUAAUGGAGAAAAUAAUUCCAUUGGUGAAACUACAAUGAAUGCCAAGGUUGAUUGCCCAUCCAUAGUAGAGACUGGGGGAUUGUCGAGAGAGUCUGAGUUUAAAAAUGUUACCAAUUCUUUUUCUGAGGAAUCUAAAGUUUUUCAUUUGAAGACGGACAAAGAUGUUGCACAGGAAGAUGACAACAUCAAAGAAUCUCUCAAUAACAAAUCAAGGGAAGUGCUGUCAGGACUAAUGGGCUCAAAAGCACAGGUCCUAUCCAAGGAACAUUUGAUGGAAGGGAAAGCUAUUGGCAACGAGUAUGUUCAGCAGUCAAUCUUGAAUCAAAAGUCUUGCAUUGAAAAUAGGAAUCUGAAUGAAACAGAAAAAGUUGUAUCCGUGUCUUUGUCAAAGACUAGCGGAACUGUUUUAGACAAGAAAAAUGCCAUUGGAAAGGGUACUAGAUCUAGAACCAUGCCUGGAACAGUAUCACAGUCGUAUACAAGGAAAUCAUCGAAACUAAACUUUGCAGAAAAGGCUGGUGCUCCGAAAGUGCUCAGAUCUACAACUAGGCACUCCUGCACUAUAAUUACGAGUACAAAAAAGGAAGAAUGUGCAAGGAAGAACACCAGGCAAGAUGAUAAGAAAGGGACUCCCUUGAAUGAAUUUUCUCCUUCAGAUCCAUCCUCUUCUGGUAAUGGAGAAGACGGGAACAGAGACAAUCAGCCUUUUCAAAAAACGGACCAAGUUGAUCAAUGCAAAGACAUUAAGGGCUUUGCUUCGGAACACAUUGAAAACCCAGAAAGCAGACCAAAUAACUCAGCUUCAGAAGGCAGUGGUUUUGAUAUUCUAAAUAUGAGUGUAGAUACGUUGAUGGAUGAAGUAGUUUUGUGCAUAAUGUCGAGUAUGGAUGAUUGCACAGACUCCCCAACACAAGUACAGGGGUGUACUGUAAAUUCUUUGGAGGACAAUAUUGCAGACACUGUUGAAAGUAAUUCAAGAGAUAAGAUCAUGUCACCAUCUACAUCAAGUAUUCCAGACAUUAUUCAACCUUUUGGGAUUGUCCUUGAAACCUACAGUGAUAUUAUGGGUUCAAGCAUCCCAAGGACCGAGGUAGCUGCUGACCACGUCAAGGAAGAGAUGCGUGAAGAUUUGGAUGACAUUUCUUGUACUAAGAAUAAUGCGAAAGAAUUAGGUGCAGACAUUUCCUGUAUUUUAGAGGAAGAACAAGAAAAAUGCUUUCAAAAUGGUGCAAAUGAGACUGUACAAUUGGGAGCAGAAAAUGACACGAUUGAGCAAGUUGGGAAAGUUGAGCUGAGAAAGUCUAAACCUCAUGUUACGAAAUCGAAAUUUCAGGGAAGUAAAGCAGUUACUGGGAAAGGAAGCCUAAAAAAUGACCAAAAUAAAGUUAUCGGCAAUUCAAACAAAGAAAACAUAAAUGACAAUUUUUGUGGAGUGCCUUCAAUUCAGACUGGAAGCAGUGGCAAUCUUGGCAAAGAAGUAAAAGCUCGGGACGCAUCCAAUGAGGGCAAUUGUCAAAAUCCUGGAAAUUGUACUCCUGGAUCAAUCAGACGUUCCACGAGACUGAGAGGACGUGCAGCUAGUUGAAUCUUGCAUUUGCUUGUUCGGAAUUUUAAGCAACAAUCCCAGAACGAAUACUGUACAAUAUCUUUCUUCAUAUUUGCCAGUGAAUAAGAAUGUGUGCAAGGUGGCAUGUGACCUAUAGGUUCUAAUAACUAAUAUUUUCUUCCCGGAUCAAUGUGGAUGCUACAUUUGAUUGAUUGAAUGGUCUUAACCAAAAUAUUGAUUUUUACAUGAAAAUGAAUGGUUGAUUUUGGAUUCCUUCCUCAAGGCUUGAUGAGCUUUGGAAUCACUUAGGCAAGGCUAUCGAAAAGUUAAAGUUUGCCAAGACUAUGCUGCUUAUUCAACUUGUAAUGCUUUAUGCAAAAAAUUGCUAAACUUUUUCGAGUAUCCCUGUUGUGAUCCUUGUCCUGAUCAGUAUAUGCUUAAGAUGUUUCAUUUGCUUUAUGUUUGACGUACGGAUUGACCAAAUAACAUUAACAUUCUAUAGAAGAUUUUUUUGUGCUU